AUGUCAGUCCAGCGAGAUGUGCGUGGUCUCCACCAGACCAGCGACCUCGGGCUGCAGCUGAACGGCACCCCGAUCCCCGCGCUCAGCGCCUCCGACUCUUACCAGUACUUGGGGAUCGGGGAUGGCUUCGACCAUGUGCGCCGUCGCGUCGAGCUGGGCCCAGCUAUCGCCCAGCUCAAGCAUGAUGCGACGGCACUGCUGCAGUCCGGGUUGGCGCCGUGGCAGGUGGUCAAGGCGGUCAAGGUGUACCUUUACCCGCGCGUCGAGUACGCCCUCCGGCACUUGCGACCGUUCGCACAGCAGCUGGAGGGCUUCGAUCGCCACCUUGUUCGCGGUCUGCGCCACCUGCUGCGGCUGCCGACUAUCGCUACGACAGCGUUUCUUUAUGCUCCUGUUUCUCGUGGAGGUUUGGGGCUUCUGCCCUUGACGGAGCUGCACGGGGCACUUCAAGUGGCGCAUGGGUGGCAGAUGUUGCACUCUUCUGACCCUGCCACCCAGCGCAUUGCCCGCCAGCAGCUCCGUCAAAUUGCAGAGGCCCGCUACAAGUUGGAUGUCGUGCUGUGGAAGGACCGUGAGGAGGAGCUGGGCGAGCUCCUUCUCAACAGCAAGCUGGGGGCGUCGGACCCAGCGCCGCCCAAGCGACGGAAUGCGGACAUUGGGUCGCUGUGGUUCGACGUCCGGGGUCACCUUCACCGCUUCGGCCUCAAGUUUGAGAUGGCGCCAGCGGUGGAGGAGACGGGGACGCCGGCCAAGAGGUUGCAGCUUCGCGUGCCCCACCACGACGGUUGGUUGGACCAUCGGGAUGUCCUUCGGCACGUGAAGCUGCACCUCAAGAACAAGCACUGGAAGCGAUGGGCCGCGAUGACGGAUCAAGACAAGGCUGCUCGCACCUUUGGUGGUGCUGGCAGCGCCUUCCUCUCGCGGCCCCGUGGCCUCUGGGAGAGCGACUACCGCUUUGCGGUGGGUGGUCGUCUCAACCAGCUGGAUACCCACAGUGUCUUGAAGCGCCGGCGUCUUCGGACGCACGACAAGUGUUGA